ACAAAAUGGCGAACAGUACAGACGUGUCAGAACCUUCGUAUGUGAUUGUAAAUAAACAACUUCAAGAUGUCAUACGGCUCCAACACACAGCUGUGGCCCGGCUAAAAGCCAAGAUGUCGAGGAAAGACGAUCGUGUGCCACGAGAGGAAUAUGAGAAGCUAAUCAGGGAACUUGAGGAAGAAAAACUUGAGCACGUAAAGACAAAAGCAAAACUGGCUAGUGAGAGUGAAAGAUUACAGUUUGCCUUAGGGGAAAUAGACAUUUUAAACAAACAGCUGCAGCGUGAAAAGUUAUCAUUUGAAAAUGCGUUUGGCCAGGUUAAAAGUAAAGCCUUUGAGGAAACCCAAGAGAAAAUGCAGUUUCAAACAAAGUGCCAAGCAAUGGAAGAGCUCUGUUCCAAACAAGAUGAUAUUUUAACAACAAAAGAUGCAAAAAUAAAGGAACUCAAACUUCGCCUUGUUCGCCAGAAAGAGAUUCAUCAACAACAACUUUCUGACAUGGACAUUCAUCGGCAACAAGAACAAUACAUUAAUUAUAAUACACAAAAAUCUCAAGACAAAGGCAAAAGAACUCGUCAGAAACGGGUAUCUUUCAGAUAACCCAUAAUUGUACACUAUGGUGAGAAUUAUGAUUACAAAAGUCAUUAUUUUUAAUCCUUUGACCUUAAAGAGUGACUAGCAUCUAAUUUCUCCUUACAAUAUCACCCCUGAAUCAUACAAUAAGAGCUCAUGAAAAUAAAG